AUGAAUCCUAUUGUAGAAGUUCAGAUUGGCAAAAUAAAUACUAUUCGAAUUCCGAUGGCCGAUAGCGACGGCGAUCCCUUGCGAUGUCGGUGGGGUCGGAAAGAAAACCAAGAAUGUGGCAGCAUCUGUGCGCCAAAAGGCCCUAUCACACCAAAUCCAUGUGAAUUAACUUACAAUGCUACUCGACUUGGCUAUGCAGCUGUUGCUCUGGUCAUUGAAGAUUUUGACUCCGACAACAAAGUACUUUCAUCCAUUCCACUUCAGUUUCUUAUUCACAUUGUGAAUAAGCCUAUCAGUCAAAAUAAUUCAAACAGCUGCAGUCAACUACCUGUUUAUGUUGGUAAUCGGCCGCAAGGUGCUUGUAUCGGAGUCAAAUCGAACUCGUUAGUGACUGAACAAGUUCGGUUUCGAAUUCCAUGUGCAAAUACAAGUACUACUUUAGCCGACAUUCUUACAGUGUCACCACCGGGCAUGAUUAGAGGAUCCAUUACACGCGACUCAUUUGAUCCCAAUCUUUACUCAAUGGAAGUUCAAUGGACACCUGAAUGUGAUCAAUAUGGUGUUCAUCAACUAUGUUUAACACCAGUCGAUUCUCAACAACAAACAGGUUCACAAGUUUGUCUCACAUUUCAAGUCGAUAUUGAUCCGGCUCGAUUUAUUCGUAUGCAUCCAACUGGAAUUGUACCUGACGAUCAAUCAAGAUGGACAAUCGAAGUUGAUCGAGACAUAGUUCCACCACGACGAUCGACUGGUGUCAAUAUUCGCUUUUUCCAACGAUCAAAUAACCAAGAAGUAUAUCGUGUUGAUGUUACUUCGCCUUCUGUUGUGCAUUAUGAAACACGAAGAAUUACAUUUUACACAUAUGGCCAUACCUGGAACAAAGGUGAAGCAUAUUAUAUUCUGUUGGAUAGUGGAGUGGCGACUAUUAAUGAAUCAUGUGGCAUUGAAUCGGCACCUGUUACUGAUAAGAAUGUUUGGACAUUUCAAAUACCAAAACAGACGACUAUUUUGCCAAGUACAACCACAAGUAAUUCGUAUCUGACUACAACUGAGAAAAGAACUACAGCAACUGCACAGAAAACAGUACAAAGUACAAUAACAACCACACAGCAAACAGUACAAAGUACAAUAACAACCACACAGAAAACAGUACAAAGUACAAUAACAAUCACACAGAAAACAGUACAAAGUACGGUGACAACCACACAGAUCACAUCAAAAGAAACUACGGCAACUAUGGAAGCAAUUACAUCGAGCACAUUUCCUAUUCCAGCAUGCUAUCGAUGGUUUCAAUUUAACACUAUUUUGAAUCUAAGAACAAAUGCCGAGUAUCCAACAUUUACAUUCUGUUUCACUGUUAAUACAACUUUUGCUGAUGUUACCAUAGUAGCCAAUACAUGGGUCUCAUGUUCGAGUUGGAAAACUUCGGGUGCUAGUGAUCCUCUAAUUGAACUUCAUUCAGAAAAUGCCAGACAAUUUCUGGCCGAAAAUGACGAUGGAAAUAGUAUUCCAUCAAUGAAUUGCUUUGCUUCUGUAUUAAGCUAUCGUCUUCCAAGAGGCGAUUAUCGUGUAGUUAUCCGAAAUCCGAAAUGUGCAUAUGGUUACUAUGAAUUACGCUUUUUAGCUGAAGUGUCAUUUGCACGAAAAGAUAACUCCACAUAG